ACCGUUUUCGUCUUGUACAGCAAUAAAAAUUUUCAGCUAAGUGAACAAUAUUAUUUCACUCAAAAGGAAUAAAACGCAAACUUUUCAGUUUCCGCUAACAUUUGAUGUCAAAAAGCAAGAUUGCCAUCUGAAAGACUUUAAAUAACUCUAAUUUAUUUAUUUUUUGAUCGCACGGUAUAUUAUAAUAAACUAUUACUGUGAAUGUACAAACUAAUUCAGCCUGAACAGGACAAAUAAUUAAUAUAAGGCGUAGUACUUGUCAGGUGCCACACUUUUAGUUCCAAAAUAUAAUUCCCUGUUUCAACGCAACGGGGGAAGUACAAGUUUUCAGAUUUGGGUGUGACUGAUAAGUCGUGGUUUGAAAAAUGUUAAACGUAAUUCGGCAAUACGUACCACAUAAUUGGGACCAAACUUUAGCAAACAGCAUCGACCUUAAUCAGUGUUCAGAAGAAUACAAAAAUGUAUUAAACGACGUAAAUGAAGCCCUACAGACCGUGAGUAUUGGAAACAAUAGGAUCCAACGGGUGCAGGAUAUUUAUGCGUUUGGGCAAUUCCUAAUUCGCGAACAACAAUUAUUGAAAACGGAAUCCACUACUUUGUAUAGAGUUCGCAGAUUUGUCCAAGUGAGCAGUUUAUACGCCCAAAAAGUCGCUGAGUAUAAUUUGGACCAAAGACGUUGUGGGCUUGGACAAAGUCUAACCCUUCAUAAAAAAUUGAAUUAUUAUGAUUCAAGUAACAUCAUUGUUGUUGUUAAAGCCUUAGUGACCGAUCCACUAAGUAGCGAAACAAGUGUAAAAAGAUCAUCUGAUUACUAUGUUGAAUAUAUUGUGCAUCCUUAAUUAUGUUCUUUUCAUUCAAUUUAAAUUUUAAUAAUAAACGUUGAUUUGUAAUGGC